AUGAUAUUCGUUCACGGAUUCAUACAUGGCGAUCCACAUCCCGGAAAUAUACUAGUUUCUCCUCGAGGCAACAAUGGCUUCUCUCUAGUUCUGCUAGACCACGGGAACUGUAAAACAUUGGAUGAAGGAUUUAGACUAGACUUUUGUCGACUAUGGGAGGCUCUGAUUCUUCUGGACUCAAAGAAGAUACAAGAAUUAGGUAAACAGUUUGGUGUUGGCAAAUAUGCCAAAUUCUUCCCUGUCAUUUUUACCGGAAGAACUAGUGAAAGCAAAUCAGGACUAGGAAAAGGAAUGUCUAUACAAGAGAGGCAAAAACUGAAACAGGAGCUCAAGCUUUUGAAAUUAGAAGAUGUCACUACUUUCAUGGGUUCUCUUCCACCUGACUUUCUCACCGUACUGCGAACAGAUGGACUCAUACGGUCAAUCACUUUGAAGUUAGGUGCUCCACAACGAGUGAGACUACUCGCUUAUGCGAAAUCUGCGGUUUAUGGGCUCGGCUACAACCUUGUUUCUGAACCAGAUUUUGUUGACAAGUCGAUAACCUCUAGAUCUCUUAUGUUGAUGAGUUACCUUCGGUUACGUCUUGUUUUGGAGUUGGUGGAGCUUUUUCAAGGAAUGAAGAAGCUGAAACAUACAAUCUAUACUUUAUAUGAACGAAUUAUCAACGGUAUCACAAAAAAUGUAAAGGUCUCGAGUGCAUUAUAG